UCUCUCUCUCUCUCUCUCUGCCGCUCCUGAUUGACUCCCCCAAUUCUCUCUUCUCCGACGCUUUUAGGGUUUGUUUCUUUCUCUAGAAAUCUCCUUAGGGUUUCCUUGUUCAGUUAGGUCUGUCAGAAUUCCCAGAUUUCCGAUUCCUAUUUAGUUUUGUAAUUUUGACCUUAUUGGGAAAGUACUUUGCUUUUUAUUUCCUUCCGUUAUUAGGGUUUCGACUAUUAACUUCCUUAAAUUCUAGGGUUUUGGUUUUCGAUUUCUGUACAAUUUCAAUAUCGGAUCGUGUUAUCUUUUAGUGGAAUUCUAGGGUUUUCGAAUCUUUGUUUGGGAGGAAAUUUUUUUUUUUCUUCAGACUUUCUUUUUUCGGGGGAUGCUGAGAUGGUGAGUUCAGAGGGAUUGAUUGCUCCCCUGCCGCCUCCUCAAGCGGCAGCGAGGCAAUACGGGGUGACAAAGCCAAUAUCGACAGCUGGGCCUACAGAAGCCGAUAUUCAAAGGACUUUAGAGUUAGAGAAGUUUUUGGUUGAUGCGGGGCUUUAUGAGAGCAAAGAGGACGCUGACAAGAGAGAGGAGGUUCUUCACCGAAUUGGGCAGAUUGUUAAGGAUUGGGUGAAGCAACUUACUCGCUUGAGAGGAUACACAGAUCAAAUGGUUGAGGAUGCCAACGCUCUUAUUUUUACAUUUGGCUCCUAUAGGCUUGGGGUGCAUGGUCCUGGGGCUGACAUAGACACAUUAUGUGUUGGGCCAUCCUAUGUCAAUCGAGAGGAAGACUUCUUCUUUAUAUUGCACAACAUUUUGGCUGAGAUGGAAGAGGUGACCGAACUGCAACCAGUUCCAGAUGCUCACGUUCCUGUAAUGAAGUUCAAGUUUGAUGGAAUAUCAAUCGACCUUCUUUAUGCAAGUAUUUCUCUCUUGGUUGUACCAGAAGACCUGGACAUUUCUGAUGUAUCUCUGUUGUACGAUGUCGAUGAGCCUACUGUUCGAAGUCUUAAUGGCUGCAGGGUUGCGGAUCAAAUUUUAAAACUUGUUCCAAAUAUUGAGCAUUUCUGUACAACACUCAGAUGUUUGAAGUUUUGGGCGAAGAGGCGUGGUGUUUAUUCCAAUGUUACUGGAUUUCUUGGGGGAGUGAACUGGGCUCUUCUUGUUGCCCGGGUGUGCCAGCUUUAUCCCAAUGCAGUUCCCAGCAUGCUGGUUUCUAGAUUUUUUAGAGUAUAUACACAGUGGCGUUGGCCAAAUCCUGUCAUGUUAUGUGCUAUUGAGGAGGAUGAACUUGGUUUUUCUGUCUGGGACCCACGUAAAAAUCCUCGUGACCGGACUCAUCACAUGCCAAUUAUAACCCCUGCCUACCCUUGUAUGAACUCCAGCUACAAUGUGUCGCAAAGUACCCUGCGUGUUAUGGUGGAGCAGUUUCGAUACGGAAACAAAAUCUGUGAGGAAGUCGAACUGAAUAAAGCUCGGUGGUGUGGUCUGUUUGAGCCAUAUUUGUUCUUUGAAAGCUACAAGAACUAUCUCCAGGUUGACAUAGUUGCAGCUGAUGUUGAUGACUUGCGUGCUUGGAAAGGCUGGGUCGAAUCUCGGCUUAGGCAACUGACUCUAAUGAUUGAACGGGAUACUUUAGGGAUGUUACAAUGCCAUCCUUAUCCCCAUGAGUAUGUUGAUAUGAACAAACAAUGUGCCCAUGGUGCGUUUUUUAUGGGUUUGCAGAGGAAACAAGGAGAGAAGACUCAGGGUCAACAGUUCGAUAUACGAGGGACUGUUGAUGAGUUCAGGCAUUCCAUUAAUAUGUAUCUGUUUUGGAAACCGGGGAUGGAAAUUUAUGUUUCUCAUGUUCGUAGAAGGCAACUUCCUCCAUAUGUGUUUCCUGAUGGUUGUAAACGACCUCGACCCUCUAGAAUUAUGGCCCAGCAGCAGGCUGAUAAAUUGCCUUAUGAUGACGGUGAAGUUAGUGUGACAGGAUCUGGUGAGAGACACCUGAAGAGGAAGAAGGAUCUCGAUGGGGUGGAUGUGAAUCAAGUUAUGCCACUAGAGAAACGGCAAUCUCUUAGCCCACAACCCCGUGAUUCAGUUUCUCCUGUAAUUAUUUCUGACAAGGCAAGCAGUGCAUCUCCGGAGCAGUCGGAUAAAGGUUUUAGCAUGGAAGUGGUUGAGUCAAAUAAAAGAACACUGUCGGGAGAAACGGAGCCUGAAUAUGCCUCAAAUUCCAGUACUAUUACAAAUGUUACAAGCAAGGGCAGUUGUGAUGAUGCGGGAUUUGGAUCAGUGGCUGUUAGCAGUGAGGGGAAUACUAGGAGUGUUGAGGGAAGCAGUGUUGGGAGUAACAACCCAGGAUAUUUGCAGGGCGAUGUAUGCGAGGCAGACUCGGAAUCUCUUUCAGAUAAUGGAUGUGGAAAUGGAAACCUGCGGCAAGAUGGAUCUCAAGAAGCAUUAGAGCCGAAUGCUGCAUUUGGGAUGCUACUCAAUUCCAACGAGGGAGUAAACUCUGAACAAAAAGCGGUGAUAAGGUUGAGUCUAACAUCAACGGCCUGAGCAAGCUGGAUCUUUGUAUAUUUGGCUGUGAAGUUAUUACUCAAAAUGAGAGAGGAAGAAAGCCAGCAGCUCGGGUAAGUGUUCUUAUUAUCGCUGGCUUUCAUUUGAUUCUUUUUCAGGCUUGAUCCAUGCACCCUUGCGGAUGAAGCCAAGAGAUUCGAACUGAAGUCCAUGGUUUUUUGUACAAUUUUCUUAUUUUAGAACUUGUGAAUUAUACUGAUCUGCGUAAGUUUUGAGCUUUGGAUGCUCUUAAGAGUCUUAAGAGGAUUUAUUCAGAUGCUCGCUAACUUGUGCAUAUAGUAGUAGGUUUUUACUUUUCGUCAUCUGGCGGUUGUGGCAAAGUGUCCUAGGUUCUCCAGGUCCAGGAAAAAAAAACCAAAAAAAUUGAAAAAGGUGAAAAAGUUAAAUAGUGUCUUCUCUUUGUAAGGGUGGUGGGGGGAAAUGUGUUGCUGGCUCUGUAAUGUGCUCAACGUACAAUGGUUGUCGGAUCUUGUUUGAGUUUGAGUGGGACCACUGUUGAGGGUGUGUCUAUCUUCAUUCGACCUUUGUACAUUAUAUGCAAUGUAAUGAAUAUUCAACUUC